AUGAUAAAAGGUUAUUAUGCGUUAUACACAACCUUAGUUCAAGCCAGUGGCACAGAAAAGUUCAAAUUAUUGAUAAAUGUUGCAAAAAAGAUAAUAACUGUAUAUUGUUGUCUGCGGGAUUUCAAAUCAAGUGGUUAUCCAUCCAGAUUAGAUAUUGCCAAUAUACUAAUAAGAGAUUUUAUGAAUGAACAAGAAGCCAUAGCUACCUAUCUUGCAUACAUAUGUGCAUGUUUUCAAAAGAUGCAGGAAUUUGAUAGAGAUUUUAAGGAAUGGAUAGAUUGGCAUACCAAUAAAAAUUCACAAGAGAAAUUUUGGAGUUUAGUUAAAUACCUGUUUGCAUUUAAUAAAGCUCAUACACUGGUUGGUAAGAAGGUUGAAACAGGAAUUUUUGCAGUCUUUACAGACAUACAUUCAAAUAUUUUGAACUGUUCACCUGCUCUUACCUCGAUCCAUCUAAAAGAAUUGUGCAGCAUGGAAGCAAUGACAUUAAAGGAGUCAGAAGACCCACAACAUUUCUUUCAGUAUAGAAAACCUUUGUGGAGUGCAUUAUUAAUGCCUUCUAGUGAUACUAAAGGGAUGGAAUCAGAAUGUAUUAUCAAAUUGGCUAUAGACAAGCUUCUUGGACCCCAUUUAUGUGUCGAAAUAAUGCCACAAUCUGAAUAUGCAUCUAAUUUAAUAGCAAACAAUAUAUGCCUUUGUAUUAAAGUCUUAGAGAAUUGUAAAUACAUUGUUAUAGCGAUGCCUAGUAAAUCUGUACUAGUAGAAGCUAGUGCUCAAAUAAUGAAUGAUCCACAUAUCAGGCUCACAGAACUUAUUAAUAAGCUAUCUAAAGCCUUAAAAAAAGGCAUAGUAGAGGAUGAAUUUUUAAAAUUAUUACUUGUGGAUAAUGUUUAUAAGAAAAUAAAGAAUCACCUUGAAGAGACAAGAAAAGAUCUUGGUGAUGCUUUGAUUCAUAGCACUCUUGAUGAAAAGUUUAAUGAUAAUCGAAUUUCAUACAUAUUAAUACAAAUUAAAAACCACACUACUAAUAACAAAGGUUAUGGAUAUUUAAAGUCUGCAACUACUUGUCUGCAACUACUUGACUGCAACUACUUGACUGCAACUACUUGUGCAAAAUCAGAGUUAGCUAAUGUUCUGUCAAAGUUUACUGAAACACCUAAUAUGACUUCGUGCAAAUGUAAAAUUGCAGAAGUAUUAGAAGAUUAUAAAAUAGAUACUAAAGAAACAGGAAAAAAAUUCGUUAAGAAGAUUAGACUUAAAAAUAAGAAAGUUUUAAGUGCUUUAAGUACCAAAAUCAAAGCAUUUCGAGAGCAUUUUCAGACCUCACUUGGAUUAUUUGGACUAUCUUCAAACAUUUACAAUUGCCUGGUGCAGUCUACACCAGUGUCUACAGCCUCAUUAUCAGCUAAAGUUAGCGAUCUCACAAAUAGCCUUAAACAUUUAUUGUCUGCUUGGGUUGAUCCCGUGAUAAGAGAAGGUCAAGAAACCAUGAAGAUAGUUAAAUGUCUGACUUCAAAGCUUGAGGUUGAAAAUUCGAAGCUUAGGCAAAUUAUAAAUAAAAAAUCCGAUCUUGAGGCUGAGAAUUUUAAGUGUAAAGUUAAGAAUGUUAAAUUUAAAGCUGAAGUAGUGAAAUUAAGACAUAACAUUGAGGAAACCAAAUUGUAA